AUGGCUGUCCCUGGAGAAGUGACAGCAGGGCACAGACAAGCUGAGCCCCCAGAUGCCACACCCAGAUGUCAGAAACCCUACAAAUGUGAGGAAUGUGGCAAAGCCUUUAACCAAUCUGUACACCUUACUACUCAUAAAAGAAUUCAUAUUGGAAAGAAAUCCUACAAAUGUGAAGACGGUGACAAAGCUUUUAGCCAAUCCUUAACCCUUACUACACAUAAGAUAAUUCAUACUGGAGAGAAAUUCUACAAAUGUGAAGAAUUUGGCAAAGGCUUUAGGUGGUUCUCACACCAUACUGCACAUAAGAUAAUUUAUACUGGAGAGAAGCCUUACAAAUUUAAAGAAUGUGGCAAAGCCUAUAAUAAGGCCUCAAACCUUUCUACAUAUAAAAAAAUUCAUCCUGGAGAAAAACCUUACAAAUGUGCAGAAUGUGGCAAAGGCUUUAACAAACCCUCAAUUCUUACUAGACAUAAGAUAAUUCAUACUGGAGAGAAACCCUACAAAUGUGAAGACUGUGGCAAAGCCUUUAACCAAUCCUCAAACCUUACUACACAUAAGAUAAUUCAUACUGGAGAGAAACUCUACAAAUGUGAGAAAUGUGGCAAAGCUUUUAACCAUUCAUCAAACCUUACUAAACAUAAGAUCAUUCAUACUGGAGAGAAACCCUACAAAUGUGAAGAAUGUGGAAAAGCCUUUUACCAAUUCGCCCACCUUACUACCCAUAAGAGGAAUCAUACUGGGGAGAAAUCCUACAAAUGAGAGGAAUGUGGUAAAGCUUUUAACCAGUCCUCAACCCUUACUACACAUAAGAAAAUUCACACUGGAGAGAAACCCUAUAAAUGUGAAGACUGUGGCAAAGCUUUUAGCCAAUCCUCACACCUUA